AUGUCAGGUUCUCGCACUAUAGGUCAAGAAGUACCCAGGCAUGUAGUGGUUAAACUUUUCCUACACACCUCGCUCAUGGUAAUCCUACCAAUAGCCACAUAUUUUCUCUCGUCAUUCUAUUAUUUUCAAGGCGAAAAUAAUACAACAAAAGCUGCUAUUGCUGCUGUCUUAGUUGCGAAUCUAGUUGUUGCAUCUUUUGUUGUGACUGCUUUCAGGGAGGAUAAAGUGGAGCCAUCGCGUUUAAAGAAAGAAUGA